CUCCCAAAAUCCUCAAACCGCAAAAACCAGGGGAGCAUCCUCUGUCUUCCUCCUCUGCCUCCUCCUUCCUCUACGUCUUCCUCCUCCACCCCCUUCCUCAUCUCAACCCCACUUCAACUACAGAUCCACCUCGACCUCGAGCGGCUUCCCAUGGCGUCGCCCUCCGGAAACCCUAAUCCCAACCCCAACCCCAACGUCCCCUUCGAGCUCAGCAGGCUCUUCAAGCCUCCCCCAAACCCUAACCACCCCACAACCGUGCCGACCCCCACUGGCAUCUUCCCGGGCGCCCCGCCCGGCGCGCCGAUGGUCACCGGGCCGCCGGGCCCCUACUCCUACCCGCCCGCCACCCCGCCCUUCCACCGCAACCAGUACCUCAACUACCCCACCGAUCCCAACGCCGUCCACCUCCCCGUCGCCGCCUUCGCGAACCCUAACCCCGCCGCAAACCCUAUCCCUAACCACAGCCCCGGCCCCAAUCCGGGAGCUCGGCUCAUGCAGCUGCUGGGCAACACCGCGCCCACCCACCUCGAGUCCGUGGUGUCCAUGCCGCCUACGUCAUCGGAGUUCUCUGGCGGCCCGGUGGCGCCGCUGCCAGCGAUGCCGUCCGCGCCGCCGGCGAGGAUGACAAGCACAAGCAGCAAGAUGCCCCGGGGCAGGCUGCUGGGACCGGGGGACAGGGCCGUGCACGACGUGGACUCGCGGCUGCCAGGGGAGGCGCAGCCACCACAGCUGGAAGUGACGCCCAUCACCAAGUACACUUCGGACCCGGGGUUGGUGCUGGGCCGGCAGAUCGCUGUAAACCGAACGUACAUCGUGUACGGCCUCAAGCUUGGCAACAUCCGCGUGCUCAACAUCAACACCGCACUCCGCUCGCUCCUUCGUGGGCACACACAGAGGGUGACGGACAUGGCUUUCUUUGCAGAAGAUGUCCAUCGUUUAGCAAGUGCAAGCGUAGAUGGGCGUAUAUAUGUAUGGAAGAUUGACGAGGGACCCGAUGAGGAAAAUAAACCACAAAUCACAGGAAAGAUUGAAAUGGCCAUCCAGAUAGUAGGAGAUGCUGGAACUUACCAUCCAAGAAUAUGCUGGCACUCCCAUAAGCAAGAAAUUCUGUUUGUUGGAAUAGGGAACUGUGUCUUAAAAAUAGACACAACAAAAGUGGGAAGAGGAAGAGACUUCAGUAAAGAAGAGCCUCUUAAAUGUUCACUUGAUAAGCUCAUUGAUGGUGUGCACUUGGUUGGUAAACAUGACGGGGAUGUCACAGAUCUGUCCUUAUCUCAAUGGAUGACUACCCGUCUGGCUUCAGCAUCAAAAGAUGGCACGGUAAAAAUCUGGGAUGAUCGCAGGACAGUGCCUUUAUCUGUGAUGAAACCGCAUGAUGGUAAAGCUGUUUAUUCGGUUUCUUUCCUUACAGCACCAGAGCAACCAAAUCAUAUAAAUCUCGUUACAGCGGGGCCUCUCAACCGAGAAGUAAAAAUCUGGGCUUCCUCUGAUAAGGAAGGUUGGUUGUUGCCAAGUGAAUCUGAGACUUGGAGAUGCACUCAAACUCUGGAACUUGUGAGUUCUCUGGAAAAUAGGUUUGAGGAAGCAUUUUUCAACCAAGUAGCAGUGUUGCCACAAGCUAGCCUUAUUUUGCUUGCGAAUGCCAAAAAGAACGCUAUAUAUGCUAUUCAUGUUGAGUAUGGUCCAGAUCCUGCUUCUACUCGUCUGGACUAUAUAGCAGAUUUCACAGUUGCAAUGCCUAUUUUAAGUCUGACGGGAACACAUGAAAGCCAGCCUGAUGGUGAACAUGUAGUACAAGUCUAUUGUGUCCAGACAAUGGCUAUCCAGCAGUAUGGAUUGGAGUUAUCACUCUGUUUGCCUCCUACAGCUGAUAACGCUGGGCUUGGUAGGGAUCUGGCUAUUUCCCAUGUAUAUGAGAGACCUCUAGAAGUGGCAUCAGUGGAGUCAUCAACAGAAACUAAACCACUGAGUGAUCAUCAGGGAACAGAAGUUGAUACUGCUACUCAUGUCUCAUCCCCAACUCCUUCAUCAAACAUGGAUAAUGCUGGAUCUUAUGCAGAAGCUGUCUUGAGAAGAGAUGCUUCAAGAGGUCCAUCUCUUGGUGAUCAUGAUGGGGACAAGUCAUCUGUUGAUUAUUCAAAGAAAAGGAUGGAUUCUGAUGGUACAAGUGGGCAAGGAGCAUUUGAUAGGAAGGAUUGCUUUGGGAAUGAAGAGCCAAGAGGUGGCCAGGUUGAUGGUACAGUUUCAGAUCCUCAUCCCACGUUUAAGGUCGGAGUGAAUGCCACACACUUGAUUACCCCAUCUGAAAUUAUUUCAGGUGUGCUCCCAUCUGCUGAAUCGACUGCUAAUGGCAGCCCACAGAAUGCAGAAAUGGAGUCAAAACUUGUGGUUGAGAAAAAAGCAGAUCAAAAUAUUGGAUUUGAGGAUGUUAAGGAGACCCAAAUUGUUCAAGAGAAAAUGGAGAGACUUAACAUGUCUUCAGAGCAAACUGUAGAGACAAUUAGUGAACGUUCGGUAACAACUGACAAGUAUAGUGUGGAAGAUUCACAGAGAUCAGACCCCACACUUCUGAAACAACAUUCUGGUGCUCGGGAUGAAAAUCUUCCAAGAAGAACAGCUGAAGCUACUGAAAACAUCAAUGGCUCUUCGUCAAGGAACUUGCAGUUACCCUCACCUACCAAAGAGGAGAAAGUUCUGCAUCCUCAGGUGUCUGGGCAGAUGUCUCCUCUUACAAGCACUUUCAACUCUACUGAUUCAUCACAUGAACACCCAAGCAAUACAAACCCUGCCAUUGAUUCUGUCCCGCAAGUAUCUGCCAUUCAAGGAAAAUUGCAACAGCUUAUGGCAAUGCAUACUGACAUGCAAAAGCAGCUGAACACAAUUGUGUCUGCUCCUAUUGCAAAGGAGGGCAAAAGGAUCGAGACAUCACUUGGGCGUAAUAUUGAGAAGUCCAUAAAGGCUAACGUUGAUGCCAUGUGGGCUCGUAUCCAGGAGGAAAAUGCAAGGCAUGAAAAGGUUGAAAGAGAGCGAAUGCAGCAGAUUUCUACUCUAAUCACAACUUCUGUAAACAAGGACAUUCCUGCUAUACUGGAGAAAUCAUUAAAGAGAGAAAUAUCGUUGUUGGGACCCACCAUUGCACGAACAACAACACCUAUCAUUGAGAAGUCCUUGUCUUCUGCUGUUUCGGAUUCGCUUCAGAAAGUUCUCGGGGAAAAGGUUGCGAAUCAGCUGGAUAAGUCCAUAAGUACGAAACUUGAAGCUACUGUUGCUAAGCAGAUCCAAACACAGUUCCAUACAUCUGCCAAGCAGGCACUUCAGGAUGCUUUACGGUCAAGCUUUGAGUCAUCAAUUAUCCCAGCAUUUGAACAAUCUUGUAAGACAAUGUUUGAGCAAGUGGAUGGUGCAUUCCAGAAGGGCAUGUCUGAGCAUGGUACUGCUAUCCAGCAGCAGGUUGCAGCAGCACAUAGUCCAUUGGCACAGACUUUAAGGGAAACAAUCAAUUCAGCAUCAUCAAUUACCCAGGGUCUUACAUCAGAGUUACUUGAUGGCCAGCGCAAGCUUUUGGCACUAGUUGCAUCAGGGAACCCAAUAUCACAUAAUACUGCUUUGCAGCCCAUCAACGGACCAAUACCCAAUCUCCCCGAGGCUGAUGUUCCACUGGACCCGAUGAAGGAGUUAACCAGACUAUUAUCUGAGCAAAAAAUCGAUGAGGCGUUUACGAUGGCUCUUCAAAGAAGUGACGUCUCCAUGGUAUCUUGGUUGUGCUCUCAGGUUGAUUUGCAAGGUCUGUGUAGACUGAACCCCGUUCCUCUGAACCAAGGGGUCCUUCUGGCCCUUUUCCAGCAACUGGCAUGCGACAUAGCCAACGACACACCCCUGAAGCUUCAAUGGAUGACAGCGGUCGCCAUGGCAAUCCAACCAACCCAUCAGAUGAUUGCAGCGCAUGUGAGGCCAAUAUUUGAGCAAGUCUAUGGCGUCUUGGCCCGCCAACAGUCGGUACCAGGAACCAGCCCACUGGAAGCCAACAACAUCCGCCUAAUGAUGCAUGUAAUCAACUCGGUGAUGAUGACCCACAAGUGAUAUGAUAGGGCGUAUUCUGUAGCCGCUGUAAGUUUGAACCACCAUAUGAUCUAUUCGUGAGCCCGUGUACAGAGGGAAUUUUGAGAAGUGGCUCUUGAACCGGCAAUGUGGCAGUGAUACCAUACUCCUACCUAGAAGGUGUUGUAAAUUGGUUAUGUUCGAGCCCGUACUUAUGGCGCCUACCACCUUGUUUGGUGGAGCGCUUUAGCUCGUUACUUGCAUUCCUUGCACAUGCGUUGAGAUGUUUGUGGCCACCGUGCCAGUGUCGUGUGUGAAUCCUGACGCUGACUAUGGCAGUUUAAAUGUUUUGGUGUGAACCAUGGAGCUGCCGUGGCCUCGAUGAUGUCAGUUUGUUUAUUUUGGUAAAGAGGGAGUUGGGAGUCCUGUGUA